ACUCACACUCCUCACAGCGAACUUUAAGUGGACUACAAAAGAGUGGACAGUGUUCAUUACAGAAUGUGGAACCAUGAACUUCACAUAUAGAAUCCUAUCCCUGAUCAUCCUGCUGAACAUUACAGUUUCAGGUUCUUUGGGUGAGACUCUGAGAGUGACCUGCAGUCCUCAGACUAUCUGUGCUCUACGGGAAUCAACAGUGACCCUGCAGUGCUCUCACUCAAACACCAACAUCAGACCUCAGCACAGCUUCUGGUUCAGCAACAAACAAAAAGCUAAAUGGAGGAACGAGGAAGAUCCAGAGGAUUUAGCUCUAGACUCAGACUACGCAGGACGAGUGAGAUACACAACCAACAGAAACAGAUACAGCUCAACUCUUACAAUAUCAGAGCUGAGAGAGAGAGACUCAGGAGAAUAUCACCUCAUGAUCAUUACAGAAACAGGACAGAAAUAUUCCAGCUCAACAGCAGUUACUCUAACAGUUUCAGAUCUGAAGAUGAGGAUGACCUCUGACACAAAAAAUCAGAUGGAGCUGACCUGUAGCUCUUCAUGCAGUCUGACCUCUAAACCUUAUUACUACUACUGGUACAAAAAUGGACAAUAUCAAUACUCAACCAAUGAACAUCAGAUGGUUUUGAGUUCAUAUAGUAGUGAUGAUUCCGGUGGCUACUCCUGCUCUGUUUUACACCAUAUUCAAAUCUAUUCCAAUACAGUGUGUAUUAAUGAUAAGAACUGCUGGAGUGUGACCUACUCAGACAGAAGAGUCUGUGCUUUGGAGGGUUCAUCAGUGGACUUUCCCUGCACUUACUCAUAUCCCAGAGAUCAGACAGUUACUAAAACAUUCUGGUAUUACUUUCGGCCUCAAGUGGAGCCGACAGAUCUGAGUGUGGAAGAGCAGUUUGCUGGUCGAGUGGAGUUUCUUGGAGAUAAAGAGAGAAACUGCACUCUGAGAAUGAACAAUCUGACAAAGAGUGACUCUGGAGAAUAUCACUUUAGAUUCAUCACUGAUACUGCAGGAGGGAGAUUUUCUGGUGAACCUGGAGUCAUUCUGAGUGUUGCAGAUCUUCAGGUGAAAGUGAGUCCCACCACUCCAUCAGAAGGACAGACAGUAACACUGACCUGUAUCUCCACCUGCACUCUGCCCAACAACACCACUUACAUCUGGUACAAGAACGGACAGCCUAUAACUAACAGACCCACCAGAUACAACAAGCUGUACCUGGAGUCAGCAAACACUGAGGAUGUUCUCCAGUAUUCUUGUGCUGUAGGAGGUCCAGAUGAGAGCACAGUGGGAUGUUAUCCAGUAUUCUUGUGCUUUAGGAGGUUCAGAGGAGAGCACAGUGUUAAUGUUCAUCACAGUGGGAGUGUCAGUCUUUCUGGCUCUAAUCUUCAUCACAGUAUCGAUGUGGAGGUGCAGUUUGAUCAGGAGGAAGAGAAAAGCAGUGAGAGAUGCAGAUGUUCAGGUACUGAGAGAUGUUAUUGCUUUCUUAUGAACAUGUUCCUAUAA